AUGGUUGUAUGCGAUGUCGUUCAGGUAUCCUGCAAAGAUCCUGGAGCCGCCGUCUUCAGUCUGCGAUUCUGUAGACGACGUCGUGUGGGCACGGCUAGGAAGAGGUAUGUCGUUCAACAUCGAAGAUGUGUAAAACGUAUGGCGUACCUCACGCGAUUGCAUCGCACGGCGAUUCGGCACUGCGAUCGAUGUUCAUUUCUAGCACGAGAUUGUGUCUCUACAAUCAAGAAACGAGUGAAUAUCUUCUAA